AAAAUAAGAGGAGGAGGUGACGAGGGGGUAGAGCUGAGCCUGAGCAUGGAGGAGGGUGCUGAAUGCCAACGGCCGAGAUUAUUUGGGAACCGGCAGCUACGUCUCUGCAGGAUGGGCACUGGCCUGGCGUGGAUUUCGUGCUGGGUCCAGGGUGAUCCUCAGCCCCACAGGGCUCAGCGCUGCCAGCAGGAUGGCUGCCAGCUCCUGUGUCCCUGGAGAGACGGGGCACACGCGAGGCCCUGAGCCCAGCUCCACGGAGCCGCCAUAGCGGCUCUUUGAACCUGUAACAGAUGCCACAUGUUUGGGUGGGCCCGGCGGUGUCUGGGGGGCCAGGGGCGGGCAGGAGGGGCAGACGGAUCCAUGUUUGCUCCCGUUUCAGCUGAGGCCAAGUGCUGGGGUCAAGCGAGAAGUGAAUCGGCUGGGACUUGGGGCUGCUGCCAGGACAGCUUCCCACAGGCGAGUGUGAACAGAAGACGCCCGUGGAGCUCUUUGUUGGGUGCUCCAGCUGCCACAACCCCACGCAGCGAAGGGCAGCACUAGCACAGCAGAGCCAAAAUCCUUCUCGACAGGCGUUAGCCACCGCAGCGGGGAUGUAGGUCUCCGAUGGAACCCCCUCCUUGCCCCACGAAAUCCCCCAGAGAGGGGCCCUGGGCUGCCCGGCUGGCACGGAAGAGGCCGCGGCAUCCCAACAAUGUGGCCCUGUGCCCGGCACCGGGUCAGGCACCACGUGCUGCUCCUGGCACUGGCGGGCAGCGCUGCCGCUUCCCCCCCCCCACCUCCGCUACCCGCACCGGUGCCCUCGGGGUUGGAACGGGCCAGGCCGCAGGAGCGGGAGCAACCGUGAGCUGCCCCGUCGGGGCCCGACGCGGGGAGGACGGCGCUAGGACCCCCGCGGGCGCUCCCCAUCCCGGGCGGGCGGCGCUAGGACCCCCGCGGGCGCUCCCCGGCCCCGGGCGGCGCGCGGCUCCCGGGGCUCCGUGCGCGCGCGGCGGCGGCCCCGGGCCGGGCGGGCAGCAGCGGCGGCGGCGGCAAGCGGCAUCGCGGCGCACUGCGGAGCGGUCGGUGGACCCGGUGCUUUCCCUCCGGGCCCGUUUAGCCGGUGCGGGGGAAGGAACGGCUCCGUGGCCGGCCGGAGGAGCGGUCCCCGCCCCGCGGCUCCGGUGCACGAGCAGCGAUGUGACCCCCGGGGAGUCGCCAUGGCCGUGCUCGCCGGAGGGGCCUGGCAGCCCCCCGCAGCCCACGGGGCGGAGGAGGAGAGGACGGACCCCCCCGCGCCGCUCCCAGCCCGCUACAGAUGAGAGCCCCCCGCCCAGCUCCGGCAGCGGGAGCGAGGUCUUCCCCUACAGCCGCCUGCGGGGCAGAGCCCGCCGGCCCCCCGACCUUAAGAAGUGGGGGGUGAAAAGCGGGUACCUGCCCGUCUGCGGGAACAAGACCCUGACUGCCCGCUGCCACCAGUGCGUCAUCGUCACCAGCUCCAGCCACCUCCUGGGCACCCACCUGGGCACGGCCAUCGACGGGGCCGAGUGCACCAUCCGCAUGAACGACGCUCCCACCACCGGCUACGAGGUCGACGUGGGCAAUAAGACCAGCUUCCGCGUGGUGGCCCACUCCAGCCUCUACCGCGUCCUCAAGCGGCCCCAGGAGUUCGUCAACAAAACCCCAGAGACCAUCUUCAUCUUCUGGGGGCCGCCCGCCAAGAUGCAGAAGAGCCUCCUAAAAAUCAUCCAGCGCGUCAGCGCCUCCUUCCCCAACAUGACGGCCUAUGUCGUCUCCCCCGGCCGCAUGAAGCAGUUUGAUGACCUGUUUCGGGGGGAGACGGGGAAGGACAGGGAGAAGUCACGCUCGUGGCUCAGCACCGGCUGGUUCACCAUGGUGAUCGCGGUGGAGCUGUGUGACGCUGUCCACGUCUACGGCAUGGUGCCACCCAACUACUGCGGCCGCCGGCCCCCGCCCCGCCGCCUGCCCUACCACUACUACGAGCCGAAGGGCCCCGACGAGUGCACGACCUACAUCCACAACGAGCGGAGCCGCAAGGGCAACCACCAUCGCUUCAUCACCGAGAAGCGGGUUUUCGCCAGCUGGGCCGGACUCUACAACAUCACCUUCUCCCACCCCACCUGGCCCUAGGGGCUGCCCCCCACCCCGAGCCGGGCAGACCCCUGGAGCUGGGAUGGAUGGGGGUUCCCCUGCAUCCCCCUGGGAGCGGGGAGCAGUGGGAGCCAGGCAUCGGAGCGCUUCCCACGGGACCACCGCCGUUGUGCACGGUGGCUCCUCGCCCGUGGGAUGUGUUGGGGUUUGAGCUCUUUUUUGGGGGGGCCAGGUGGUGAGUGCAGGGUUUGGGGUGUCGUCGUCCCCCACCCUCCAUGGGCGGGAGGCGUGGGGGUGAGAUCUUUCCCGAUCCUGGUCCAGGGGCAUUGCAGCCCCUGCGAGCACGUGGGGUGGGGGGGGCCGGGUCCCCUCAGCUCAGUUUGGGGUUGCAUCACUUUUGGGGCUACUGCAGAGACUGUUUCUCCCAGCCUCCUGGGUGGGGGGACCCCUCUUGGGGCUCAGCUCCCCUCUGCCAUCCCCAGCACCCCGAUCCCGGUCCACAAGCAUCCUUCCCUCCGCAGAACCCUGCGGUGUUUUGUGGGACCCCAUGGGGGUGACACUACCACCCUCGGUUCCCCGGCACCCCAAAAACACCCGGCCCCUCCCAGCACUGCUGUGCCCCACACCCACACUGCCAGAACCUUUUCUAACCGAGUGAUGGGAUUUUGGGGGGCUUUUGGGGGCUUUUGGUUUUUUUCCUCCCUGCUUCUGGUCCUGGGGUUUGUAUUUGGGUUCCCCGGCCAAAGGAGCGAGCGGGGGCUGCUCGUUAGUGGUAACGAAGGGGCUAGCAGCAGCCUGUGACUGGGUCCUCAUAAUUUAUUAACCGCUUAUAAACUAUUUAGAAGCGGGCACGUAGCGGGGGGGUUGGCAGUGCUUCUCAGCACCCUGUGGCUGGGGGGGGGGGGGGGGUGGAUUUUGUUAUUAAUUUCUCAGCAGCGGAGAAGUGGGUUUGGGGAAAAUAGCUAAAUACGGCGUGUUUGGGUGCUGAGCCCCGGCAGGGCUCAGUGCCUCAGUUUCCCUCUGGCUGUGGCCCGUCCCCAUUGCGGCUGGGGCUUUGGGGGACUCGGUGCCGGAGGAAGCCAAGGGGCACCCACGUUUUGUAAUGGUUUGUACAGGAAUAAAUAUUGCUGCAGUCUGUUGCCUUGG